CCUCGACAUUGCUGGGCGUAACGCAAUGUCAUCUCAACUAAUAAAACUCCCAACGGAGCUCGUCGAAAACAUUGCAUACAAUCUACCUUUGCCAGAUGUCAAGAAUCUACGACUAACGUGCCAAUCGAUUCGAGACCAGAUUCACCACCCCUUCAAGGACCGCUUCUUCAGCCGCAAACACAUCAACUUGACUUCCAAAAGUUUGAAGGGCCUUAUCGAAGUCGCGCGACACCCUCAGCUGGGACCACCACUCAGUCAUCUGUUCAUCAACGCCACUCCAGUCUUUGAGAAACAAAUUACCGCGAUUGGCAAGAAGAUCCAUGAUGCCUCCCUCGAUGCUGCUGGGCUACGAAGCCUCUUGGAGAUCGAGCGCGAUCUCUUAGAAAAACAGAAGCCCACGAUUUUGGAGUCAUUCAGCAACGCAACGGACCGCAAAUUGCUGAGCCUCGCCUUUCUGAUCAUCCGACAUCUCCGCACUAUCACCUUUAUCUAUGAUGGCUUUGACAGUAUGGAACCAGAAGAUUCUAUGUAUCACAUGCGCCGCUGCCAGGACGAAAUGUCCCGGCCUUUCAUGACGACAAUGAGCGCCAUUGCAUUUAGCGGAUUGACUGUUGACGAAAUUACCGUAUCAAAAGAGCAUCGACAUGGCUUUGUCACUAUUGGGAAGAUGAGGUUCAUGGCUUGGCAGUACUCGAAUCUUCGGCAUGCUUUUGCCAACCUACGAGUACUCAAGAUCGAUUUGCGGGAUUGGAUGAACCCGACCAGAGGAUGGAUGCCAGGUCUGGAAAAGUCUCCUAAUGUCGCUCGACUACUUUCGCGGAUGCCUUCGCUUCGAGAGCUGGAUUUAUCUUGCCAUGUCUAUUCGUCACGGGAAGAAGACGUUUUUGAGGAUGUAGGCAGGCUGGUGAAACUACCAUACCUCGAAAAGUGUACCCUCGGCCUUAUCCUGGCAAAGGAGCCAAGCCUCAUGCGACUUCUGAAAACGUCCAAGAAGACUCUCAAGCAUCUUACCUUACGCAACGCAGUCCUUGUCUCGGGGAAAUGGACAUCCUUCCUAGAGUCAGUUGCAGAAGAAUUAGCCCUUGAGUCCCUGGUCUUGGACAAUCUCUACCAGGAUGAGACGAUUGUUCUUUUCAAGAAGGAUGGCAAGCCUGUCGCGAGAUUAGAAGGAGACGGACUGAAGGAGAGGAUUAUCGAGUAUGGGCGUGAUUACCGAGUGACGUCUCCUCUUCAUUACUUCCAAAACUUCUGGGACGAUGCUGUGCGUACUCCAGGAGCCGCUGCUUAGGGAAUUGUCCGUCGGGGCGAUUGACUGUUCGAAGUACUUCAUAUGCAUUUCGGUUGGGUCCGCACAGAUGAUUGGUCAAAUUGAUAGCAUGCAGUGCAAUACACCCUGAUAGUGAGGCUUUGCUUAAGUGUAUAUUACGC